AUGGACUGUUUCAAGGCAGUCUUUGAUACCCGGACGAAAGACUGCCACUCCAAAGAUCUUACUGGCCUGACUUGGGUUGCCAAUGACCGUUUCCAAGUCAUCCAAGCAGAGCAGGUCAACAUCGCUCGUUGCCCUCACAACGAGUGGACUUAUCAUAGAAACCGGAAACAAUACAGCAUCUGUCCAGGAACCGAUAUCCGCGGACCAAGUGAAAAGAUAUGGCAGGGUAUAAGGACUUUCGAUGAUUGCGCCUACCUGUGUGCCAACUGGGCUACGUGCAACGCAGCCGUUUACGACUCGGCAAAGAUGGCUUGCCACAUCAAAGCCGACUCACGGAGUAACACUUUGAUCUGGUCGACCGACAAACGCUACGAUGUGAUGCGUCUAAACGUCGCGCCCGCGCCCGCGAAAGACGGUGAAUGGUCAGAUCUCAUUCGCCUGCCUGUCAUCCCUGUUGCCGCAUAUGUCGUUCCUGAGUAUCCUGUCUCACAACGUCUUCUCGUCUUCUCUAGUUGGGGAGCUGACGCCUUCGGUGGUGCUGGUGGACGAACCCAGUUUGCGGACUACAACUUCAAUACUGGAGCUGUUUCGGCCCGUACAGUCAGCAACACUCACCACGACAUGUUCUGUCCUGCAAUGAGCAGUCUUCAAGAUGGCCAGCUCUUGAUUCAAGGAGGGUCAGAUGCUUCUGCAGCCAGUCUCUACGAUCCAGCUUCGAAUGCUUUCACUCGCGCCCCCGACAUGAAGAUGGCCCGUGGCUACCAAUCAUCCACGACGACAUCCGACAAUCGCGUGUUCACCAUCGGAGGUGCCUACUCUGGUCCCCGCAAGGGAAAAGACGGCGAGGUUUACGAUCCCUCCACCAACACCUGGACAGCAUUGCCAAACGCAAGGAUGAAGGCUAUGCUCACGACCGAUCAUGAAGGAAUCUGGCGCGAAGACAACCAUGCGUGGUUGUUUGGUUGGAAGAACGCUUCUGUUUUCCAAGCCGGUCCUAGCAAAGCUAUGAACUGGUAUGGCACAAAGGGAACCGGAUCGCAAGUCGCCGCUGGUAUACGUGACCCAAUUGAUGACGCGAUGUGCGGUAUCUUUGUCAUGUACGAUGCCGUCGCCGGCAAGAUCUUCAGUGCUGGUGGUGCUCCUGACUACACAGACUCAGAUGCCAACGCCAGGGCCCACAUCACUACCAUUGACGAGCCGAACUCUCCUGCAAGGGUUGAGCGUGUCGCGGAUAUGACCUAUCCUCGCGGUUUCUCCAAUGCGGUCGUUUUGCCUGACGGAACGGUCCUUGUAAGUGGUGGCCAAAAACGAUCGAAGGUGUUCACAGAUGACGAUGGAGCUCUCUACCCGGAACUUUUCGACCCAGCCACAAAGUCCUGGAAGGUCCUUGCCCCACAGGCCGUACCUCGCAACUAUCACUCGGUUAGUAUCUUGCUAGCCGACGGACGUGUCUUCAGCGGUGGUGGCGGUCUCUGCUACGUCGCCCAGGGAGUCGGCCGCAGCUCCGCCAAUUGCAACAAACUCGUCGACCACGCCGAUGGCCAAAUCUUCUCGCCGCCGUACCUGUUCAAUACUGACGGAACUCCCGCAACACGUCCUGUCAUUCGCUCUUUAAGCGCAGAAAGCGUCAAAGUUGGAGGCGAGCUGACUAUCCAAGUCGAGACCUCAGAACCAGGUCUCAAGUUCACCCUGGUUCGCAUCGGCAGCGUCACACACUCAGUCAACACCGACCAGCGACGAGUGCCACUCUCAAACAUCAAGGGCGAGGGAUGCACGUACACCGCUACAUUGCCCAAUGACAGCGGUAUUCUUAUUCCAGGCUCCUACUACGUCUUUGUCAUCUCAAAGGAGGGUGUUCCUAGCAUUGCUAGGACCGUGCAGAUCGUACUGCCAUGA